AUGAAUGUGACUUCAGACAUUUUCGGAAACGAGAGUUACAACAUGAGCAAUGGUCUCGAUUGCGGCGGAGAAUUACACUCAUACAGAAUAUGGGAACGCGUGUUGAUCGUAAUCAUAGCCCUUUUCCUUAGUCUGACCACCGUUGUCGGUAACAUAAUGGUGAUGAUCUCGUUUAAGAUCGACAAACAGUUACAAACGAUCUCCAAUUAUUUCUUGUUCAGCCUAGCAGUUGCUGAUUUCGCGAUCGGUCUAAUUUCCAUGCCUCUCUUCACGGUAUACACUGUGCUCGGUUAUUGGCCGUUGGGACCGCAUAUUUGCGAUACGUGGUUAGCGUUAGAUUAUUUGGCAAGUAACGCAUCAGUAUUGAAUCUUCUUAUUAUCAGCUUCGAUAGAUACUUCUCUGUGACGAGGCCUCUCACCUAUCGAGCCAAGAGAACUACUUCCAAGGCCGCCAUUAUGAUCGCAUGCGCCUGGGGAAUUUCAUUGCUUUUAUGGCCACCUUGGAUCUAUGCUUGGCCAUACAUCGAGGGCCAACGAACGGUACCCAUCAAUGCAUGUUAUAUACAAUUCAUCGAGACAAAUCAUUACAUCACAUUCGGUACCGCAAUUGCUGCAUUUUAUGUGCCUGUCACUGUGAUGAUCAUUCUUUAUUGGCGCAUAUGGAAGGAAACCAAGAAGCGGCAAAAAGAUCUUCCGUACUUACAAGCUGGAAAACAAGAUGCCAGUAAAAGGAGUAACUCUAGCGAUGAAGCGUUAGACAUGGAGGACUGCAGGAGGCCUAGAAGCGAAUCGAGCACAGGAGUCGAAGACGUGAACGCGACACAUAUCGCAGUCUCUUAUCUAGAAAAACAUUAUCCUCAAUAUAAAAUGAAACACAGACCAUUUUCGUGGAUGUGGUUAAAGAUGUGGUGCAUCGCGUGGUGGCAUAGUGGUCGCGAAGACGAUGACGAAGAAGAGGAUAUCGAGGGAGCUGAGAGCAGUCGUGCUACACACGGUUAUGACGAAGCCAUAACGCCAUUGUCAGCGGAAACCCCUCUUACUGGUACGGUUUCUCGAUCUGCCUCUUUAAGUGGAAUUCAUCCUACCACGUUAACUGUUGAGAGAGCCAUUAGUAUCGCUGAUAACCACGAUUACAAAAAAUCUGGAAAAGCCGGCGAACUAUCAACGAAAAGCAUCUCUAGCGAUUCUGUUUACACGAUUCUAAUUCGACUUCCAACAAGAGACACCAGUGGCAUGGGAAAAUAUUCGGAAGGUCCAAGUAUAAAAAUGUAUCACGACGAAACAGUGAGUCCUUCAAUGAUUACUAGGAGACCAUCUCACAUGCCGGAUAUAAGGAUUCCCUUAAACACAAAAAACAUUCCGAAAGCAUUAGGGAGCAAGCCAGCCGCGAAUAAAACUACAAACAAGAAGAAAAAGAAAUUGCAGGAGAAAAAGGCCGAUCGAAAGGCCGCGAAAACUUUGUCAGCCAUCUUGCUGGCAUUUAUCAUCACCUGGACACCGUACAAUAUUCUCGUUCUAAUUAAAUCCAUCACAGCCUGCUCGUGGUACAUCCCGCAAGAGCUCUGGGACUUUUUCUAUUAUCUUUGUUAUAUCAAUAGUACUGUGAAUCCAAUGUGUUACGCUCUGUGCAAUGCGGCAUUCCGACGAACAUACGUAAGGAUUCUCAAGUGCAAGUGGCAUAAUAGAAACAGAGCCGCGAUUGACAGAGGAUGAUAUCAGUAGAAACGCCCAGCAUGCGACAUCUGCACGCUUAUGGGCGUACUAUUUUCUCUAUCAUUUUCUCUCUUCUCCUUUUUAAUCAUUCCUCCGAACGUGCUUGCCGAUGAUAGGGAAACUGAGUUGCUUUCAAUUAUAAUAUAACCUAUACUAAUAAAUGUUUAUAUUUCAUGUGACAUUUUCGUCACUUUCGCUCAACAUUAUUACAUAUAUUUUACUUUUAUUAAUUGGAAAUCAAACGUGCGUAUUUGCUAUGAUUACCAUAUAAUUUUAUUACAAAAUUAUAUUUCUCUCAGUUUUGUUAUUUAAAAAUUUAUUACGUGAGCACUAAUAUUGUUUUUUAAUCUUUUCAUUUCAUUUCUGUAGAUAUGGGUAACAAGAGAAUAGUAGUUUUGAAAAUAUCAUAAGAAUAUUUUUUAAGAUAAAUAAAUUUUCGAAAAAUUAUGAUGAAAUGAUUUGUAAUACAACAUUUAUACAAAUCGAAAAACAGUUAAAAACAUUAUACUCAAAAAUUUUGUUUUAUAGAUAUUAGAUUAGGGAAAAACAGGGUGUUUACAUAAUUCCAUUUAAUAAAUUUAAUAAGACACAUUUUGUAUACAGUAUUUUAUAAUCAUAACACGAUUAACUUCACGAGUUUUUCAAUUUGAAAUUAUGUUUUAUCCAUUUUAGGAAAAAAUGAGUGAUGAUAUAGAAAGUAUUUACCUAUCUAAAUUUGUCUAUUUAAUUUUUAUUAGAUAUCUAUAAAAUUAAGAGAACCAGAAAGUGAAUGAUUUUCAAUUAUAUCGUUGAAUGAUUGAUUAAAGAAAUUAAAAACAUUUAUUACUCGAAACGCGAAGAGGCAAGCGUGUUCUUAUUUUACAUUGUGGGAAAUCGAAAGGACUACCAAAUGUUCGCGAUUAAACAGCUCAGAUUUCCAGAUUUGAGGCAAUGCAACGUGAAUACUGCCAUGAAAAAUAAUCUUUAUAAAUAUAUUUCUGAACCGUACAAAAAAAAGACAAAAGAGGGAUAAAUAAUCGGCACAUACGCGACAGUGCCAAAUUUGUGACUCGAUUUUAGCGACGAUUGUACGAUAAAUAAAUGAUAUCGACUUGUCGCGAAUCGAGUUUUUUUUCUAUAGUUUGUGAAACGAAAUCAGUUUCUAUAAACAAUAUAAGUGUAAAAAUAUCUAUUUAAUCGCGUUGAGACAUUUACAAUAAUAUAUUAAACAAACAAAUUUUUAUCAAAUAAUUCUAAAUAUUAAUUUUGGAUUAAUAAAUCAAAAUCAUUGGUCGUCCAAAAUUUAUUAAAAGUUUUAAAACUGUUAAAAAUGUUUUCAGUUGUAUAGAAUUGUUAAUGUAGAUAACGAAAAAUGAAAAUUUUCGUUUAACAAAAAUUUUCAAAUUAAAAAGAAAUAAUAUUUAAGAAACUGACUAAAUUUCGCGAACCUCCUACAAAGCUAUACCGCACAAAAACGAAAUCUUAUUCGAAUCCUAAGAAAAAUAAACAAGCAUUUCUCGUGCGUUUUAUUCGAGAAACACAACGCACUUGAUGUACAUUUUAAAUAGUAGUUCAGUUGUAAAUGAGUGUUUUAAGUGUAAUUAGUCAUGGAGAACCAAACAAGCGCUAAUAUACAUAGAGACAUGUGUCACAACUAUAACGACAACAAAAUAAAAAAAAAAAGCGCUGCAUCGAUUCUUUCGUAUUAAGAAACGUUGUAACACUUUCGUAUUAAAUAACAUUCUAAUCACACGUGCCAAACGAAGCUUUAAGAUAUCAAUAGUAUAGGGCGGUAACUUAAUAAAUGUGUUCUUUCAAAAGUAUACUUCUAUUAAAUAUAUAAUAUAUAAAUAAGAAAUUAAGAAUUUUCUAUCAUUUUUUUAGUAUAAAAUUUUACAGAAUUUUUAAUAUGUAUUUUUUUCUAUAAAGUAACAUUACAUAAUUUUGUAUCAUUUGUAUACAGUACUUCUCGGAUAAAUGAUACAACAAUGGUUUCUUCUAAUUUCAUAUGUUGAAUCAUUGUGAAUAUAAAAUAAAGAUAUAAUGAUGCUAAUUAUAAAUUAAAUUUUAAUAAUAAUAUUGUUAUUAUUAUAUAGUAUAUUACAUAUAUAUAUAUAUAUUUUUUUUUAAAAAUUGAAUUUUAUAUUAUAAUUAUGUAAUAAUUUUAUUGCUUUAUGAAGUAUUUAAUGAAAAAGUUAAAAAUUUAGACAUAUAUCGAUAAAUAUCUCGUAUAUUGCCUAUUCAUUUUAUGAAUAAUAAUAAGGAAAAAAUGGAGCGAAUUGUAUCAAAUCUUAAAAUAUACGAUCAUUUAUCCGAGGAUUAUUGAUACUGUACCAUUUUAAAUGAAAUUUAAUAACAAAGAAUAUACAAUUUUAUUCAGUUUAAUUAAAUUUGUUUAGAAGUAUUUAUGAUACAAAUCGGCUUUUCAAGCGAUUUAUAAUAUAAAUACUUAAUAUCACCUAUAUAAAAUUUCAAAUCGAUCUUAAUUGAUAUUUAAAAAUUUCAAAUCGAUGCUAAUUGAUAAAAUUUUUUAAUCAGAUUUGAAGAAAAUAGAAGAUAUGCAAAAAAUAAUUUCUUGAAAAAUACAUAUAACACUUACCUAAAAAUCUAUUUCCUAUAUUCCUAUAAUUUGUGAAUCGUGAUCUCCUUAUAUAAGGCUGUUAUUUUUAAUUAAUAAUAAUAAAUUUUUAAUAUUUAUUUAUUUUAUUUAUUAUAAUUACAUUUUAAUUAUAUUUUAUUAUAUUCUAGGAAAUAGUCAUCUUUUCACUAGUCAAAGACAAUACUAAUGAUUAUUUAAUUAUAAUAAUUUCACGGCGAUAAAACCGUAUUAAUUUUUCAAAUUACAAACAAUUUAAUUCUGCACUAGAAACAAUAAUAUUGAAAUGAAAAUUUUUUUUUUCUAAAAAAUAAUACAAUGCGUGAUUGAUAUUUAUUUUAUAAAUUUGAUAAGAUUUGCUUAAUUUUUUUUAUUUAAUUUAUUUAUAUCUAAUAAUUAAUUUAUUUAUAAAAUUAUAAUGAAAAAAUAUCUUAAAAUAAAUUAUAUAUUUUAUUAUAAUUUUUUAAAAUAAUUUUUUUCGACAUUCCGUUAUUAUUAAAUGAUGUUCGCAAUGUAUCAAUGUAUAAAGAUUUAUUUUAAAAAUCUGUUAUUCUUUCUUUCCUAUAUUAGAAAAGCAAAUUUUUAUCCUUAUCGUUAAAAAUAUUCAUUAUCUUAAAAAUUUUUUAUCUUUUUAUUUUAUUUCAUUCUCAAUUAUAUUUUGAUAAACUUUAAUAAAAUUUAAUUAAUUUUAUAAUAUAAAAAGUUAAUAGAUUAAAAUAAAAAUACUAAAAUUACAAUUCUAAUUUUAAAUUUAUUUUAAUUACUAUUCUUUAAUCUUCUAAUCUAAUCAUUGAAUCAUUGAAUUUUUUUUACGAAAUUUUUUUUAAGAUACGUAACAUUUCAUUUAUUAUAAAAAUUAACAAAAUAAUAUUGUUUAUUCGAGAAAAGCCGAUUCUAUUUAUUAUCCAUAUUAAAAUCCAAAUUUUUCCAUUUUUUUUGAAUUUAAAAAAACAAAAUUAUUUUCUAUCACAGGAAUAAAUAUAAGUAUAACUAUUCAAACGAUGAAGCGAUCGAAAGCACACAUUUAUUAAUUAAGUACAUGGUCAACUUGCCAGCAGUCGCGUUUGUUCAAAGAACGUAUCAUUGAUAUUUUAGAUUUUAUGUCGAAAAAUGACAUAAAAUUUUCUUGAGCAAUGAAUAUUAAUAUUCAGUAUAAUAUACUAGGGUGGUACAAAAAAAUUAUUUUUCAAUAAUGAAAAAGAUUUACGUUUAACCUUUUCAAAUUUUAUAUGGUAAAAAUAGCUUCUAGAAAAUUUAGAGGUGUCGCAAGUGCUUUAAAGCAUUAUGAUCUUUCAUUUUAAACUAUUUAUAAACAUAUUUUUUUUAAUUUUCAUUAUAGUCAGUUAUAAUAUUAUUUUUUCUAAUUCUUAUUAUAAAUUUUUUAUUAUAAGUAUUAAUUAUUAUAAAUUUAUCGAUCUCAAAAUGAAUGUGUAAAACGAUAUUCAUAUCAUAAAUUAAGAAUUCUAAUCUAAAUUUUUUCGUUUAAAAUGAGAAAGAAAACGAAAGAAAAUGAGAAAAAAUCGUUUGUAAAUUAGAAAGAAACAUUAUUUCCUGAAAAUAAAAAUUAAGUUAAAAUAUAAAAUAUAAAAUCAAUGAGAAUUAUAAUUUACAAAUGAUUUGCAGCACCAUAAAAAAUUUUUUCUACUAAAUUCACACUUUAAUAGCUUAAAUAUUGCUGUUGAAGUACAUACAAUUCUUUUUAGAUGUUAUAAAUUGUAAAAAAAAAUGUCAUCCCUAUAUUUCGUUCCGUCCUAUUAUAUAUUAUCUAACGUAUCAUUUUAUUUAUCUCGUACUUGUUAUUUAGCGUGUAUAUUUGUAAAUACGGACAAAAAACAUAUAUGCACAUACAUUCAUCUCUCUCUCUCUCUCUCUCUCUCUCUCUCUCUCUCUCUCUCUCUCUCUCUCUCUCUCUCUCUCUCUCUCUCUCUGGUUCUCUUUCUCUCUCUGGUUCUCUCGCGCGCACUCUUCCCUUUUACUCUCGUUCGCUUUUUUCUAUUCAAUGUUCAAUAUUUAAAAAAAAAUCAUUUUAAAAAAAAAAAUAAACUAACGGGGUGAAUAACAUGAUAUGUGUACAAAUCUAUCGUUUUCCACACGAUACGUUCCGCUGACGCGGCCGCUGAAAAGUUUUCCUAAUCCAUGUAUGUAAGUGAAGGCGAAACGUCGCCGGUUCAAACGCAUAAUUCGUGAAGAGAGGGGAUUAUUGCGCAAAGUGAUGCUUGUGGAAAAAGAAAAAGAAGAAAAAGUCUGAUAAAAAACAUUUAACAUUUUUCUCUGUAAAUAGAAUUAUGUAUUGAAGAUACACAGAAUGUGGAAAUAUUCUCUUGAACAAAUAUUAAGAAUUAUAAUUAUUUCUUAAUACGCGUAAGGUACAUUAUACAUACGUGACCAUGACAUAGCGCUGAUAAUUAUCUCUAUCUAACAUUUUGAUAAUUAUCUCUAUCUAAAUUAUCUAAAUUAUAUUAAAUAAAUUUAAUAUAAAUAAAUUUAUAAUCUUUUAACGCUCAAAUUUCAUAAAUUUUUUUUCAUUUAUUCAUUUAUUUAUUUUUUCAAUUUUUUUUCUUCUUUUUUUUGCUUAUUAAUUUUAAAAAUGUGCGUAUAAAAUGUACAGAUUUUUUUUUUCGAUUUUCGUUCCGAAAACGUUUUGUUUAUUUAUUAAAUCAUAUUUGGAUAAAUUCUUCUAUUCGAUUAAAUAUUUAUUCGUUAGAAUAGAAAAUUUCAUUUGAUAUUUUUUAUUCAUUAUUUUUUAUAUAAAUAAAAUUUUGCUCAAUAUUAUACAUAAUAGUAAAAUAAUAAAAAAAAAUAAUAAUAAAAACAAUAGAAAUGAUAAAAUGAAACAUAAAAUUAUCAAGAAGAAGAAGAAAUUACAAGAAAGAAGAUUAGCGAUCAUUGUUCGUUUAAAAAGUAUAUAAAAGUACAAAUAACAAUUUAUUAUUAUAAAAAUUGUAGAAAUUAUCAUUGUAUAUAAAAAGUACAUUCUUAUCUAAAAGAUAAUGUACAUUUUGUAAUAUAAAAUAUCAUAGCUUCAAUUAUAUAUACACAUAAACGCGUGCGCGCAUACACACACACACACACAUACACACGCAUACACACACAUAUAUCAUAACGUAAAGUAAAUUUUUAAAAUAAGAUGAGCGUUAAGAGAUUAAUAAAGAUUACUCAAUUAUUGAUUAAUUUUUCUUAACAUAAUUUAUUAAUCAAUUAAUUAAUAACUAAUUAAUAACUAAAUUUUUUUAUCAAUUUAUCCAUAAUGAAAAAUUAAUAUUCAUCAAUGAAAAUUUUUUAUUUUACUAUUUUGUAUUUUCUAUUAUAUGUUUGUUAAAUUAUAAAAUUAUUAUUCGUGGAUUAUAUUUAUAUAAUAAAAUUCUAAAUCGAAAAUUUCUUUCUUAGGAAUACAAUGAUAUUAAUUCAAUAAAUUUCCAAAAAAAAAAAAAAAUGGAACAGAAACUAAUGAGAAGAAUUUUUCCUCGCGUUGGGAUUUGGAAAUUUGGGAAUGGAAAUUUUAUAAAUUCAUUUGGCGAGAAAAUAACGAUAAAAAGAAAAAUAUAGAACAACGACAUUAUCAGCUGAGCAAAUAAAAUGUAUCAAAUUUUGCGCAAUAACCCUGAAUAGACUUCUCACGAAAAUAAAAAAAAAUAAAUUUGCCAAAUAAGAAAACUUACGCACAUAAACAUGAUUAUUAAUUUACAUUCAUAUAUAUACAUAUACAUAAUAUAUAUAAUAUAUGAUGGAAGAGGAUGUACCGUAAGGUGUGCCAAUUUUUUAAUUUUACAUUGGUUCACGAUAAAUGGAAAUGUACAUUUGUACAAUAUGAUUCAUUCGCUAGAAAUCCCAAAAUUAAUAACUAAAAUCUAGUAAAUCUACUCGUAAAAAAGCAUCAAUUAAUAUUAAAAAUAAUAUAUAUUAGAUAACUCUAAAAAUAAUUAAACAAUGACAUAAAUAUUUAAUAAUUUGUAUCCACUACUGAAAAGAAUUUCACUUGAUAUAUCACAAAAAUCGACACAUUUUGAAUUUCAAAUCUCUUACCUAUUAUUCAUAUUUUUGACAUAUUGGCAACUACAAAAGAAAUUCUGAAUUCUGAAUUAAAUUUCAAUAGUAACUAGAUUUUGAUUUUCGAUUUUGAUUUAUCCAUUUUUUACUAUAUCGAUUUUAAGAUUACAGAUCAAUUCUAAAAUUACAUUGCAUCGAACGAAUCGAGAUUAUUACUUUUGGGGUCUCUAACGAAAAAAUUAUUAUGUAUAUUCUCGACGAAUCUGCGGUGUCCAAACUAUUCUGUAUUUACGCGUAUUCAAGUGCUCCCUCGUUUACCUAUAAUUGUAUACAUCAAUUUUCCGUUCGGAUAAAUAGAUCUCACAUCGAUCUUAUAAGUUCUUAAUCAUCACACAAAUAUAAUCGAUUAACAUAAAAAUUUCACGAGAUUCACCAGAUUUUUAAAAAAUCAAAUCCGAAAUCUUUGAAAAAUCAUAAAGAAAUCAUUUAACUGAUUCAUAAUCGUUAAUUACGCUAGAAAUAUUUAUUGCAUUGCAUUACUGCGGACGUGUUCAAAUUUUGACUGUUAAAAUGAUUCAUAAAAAUAACUGUGUAACAAAUAUCGAACUUUUUAAUUAUAGUUUACGAUUGUUCAUUUUAUUAUACUUUUAUCGGAAAAUAAAUAAUAAUGCAUACCUUACCGAGCACCUUUUGUGUAGCCAAUAUACAUUACGUAGUGUUGUAGAACAUAUUUUACUCUCGCCAUGGAAAAUAUACUUAAACAAUUGUAUUCUAUAUAUAAAGAUAAAUUUCAACGACAAAAAUUUCUUAUUUUUUUUCAACUAUGAAUUUAAUUAUGAAUUUUUCAUAAAUAUUUAUUCAUAAAUAUUUCAUAGAUUUCGUUUCAUUCGUAACAAUUUUCUUGAAUCGUUUUAUUAUCUUUCUUCGAGGACACACAGGUAACGGUUGUCGUAACUUUUUACUUUUUCAAUUGUCAUAUGAUUGUCAUGAAAUAUAUAAUUUUUCACAUGUCUAGAUACAAAAAUAUUGUAAACACUGCAAAACUUAUACGUAGUAGAGCACAAAGUAAAUCGAAAAAAAAAAAAAAAGAAAAAAAUUGUAUCAUUCGUUUCAAAUGAUAAUGUCUUUACAUAAGCGUAUAUUGAAAUAACAAAAGUGGUGUGCGACUUUUUUUAACUAUACAUUACUGUAAACACCAAUAUACUCAAUCUAUGUUUAUAUACGUGUUUUAUAUUAACAAAGAAUACAUAAGGCGACAAAAACGUUACGUAACUGGAAAAAACGUAUAGAAAAAACUGUAUGUAAUAAUACCAGUAGAACCUGGAUAAAAUAUACUAUCUGUAAUGAAUAA